AUGCCCGGCUUGAGCUGCUGGCCGGGCUUCGACCAUCAUUCAGCCACUUCGUUCCAAAUGCCAGGCUUUGCCGGCGGCUUUCCAGGCUUUGGCCAGGAAAUGCCAGGUCUGGGUGUGGACGGCAUGGAUUCGGGCCUUCCAUUUCCCACAAUGCCGCGGAGAGGCAUGCCGGAGCUUUCGGCUUUCGAAGACAACCCGGACCCAGUGGGUGAGGCAGAGGAGGAGGGCGACACAGCUGUGGACGCGGCUGUGAAGUCGGAAGUGGGGAAGGUUGGCAAAGAGAAGGAGAAGGUCGUGGAGCACGACCCAGACACCAAGAGGAUUGCGCACGACACGGCAGAUGCUGUGAACAUCUUCGUGCAGUCCAAGAUGAUGCCCAUGUUCAGUGGCAGCACCAUGAAGGAGGUGCGCAAUCUCAUGGAUGACUCCAGGACUUUGCUGCACAAAGUCCACGCGAAGCUCCGCGCCCUCAAGGAGCAGCAGCGGCGGCAGAGGGCGGCAACGCCAAACAGGCCCAGAAGGAGAAGACCAGCGCACUGCUGA